UGACGAAGAGGCAUGCGACACUGUAUUGGAUACUGUCCUUCCCCACAUUACACUGACCAAUGAUGAGACCUCCACAGUUCACCCUCCAGCCUUUGAAGAUGCUUGCAGUUCAAACCCCCUUCCUGGAUUUGAAAAGCUGGAAAUGUUCUGCUCUGUGCUUGUGGAGAUUAGCCUGAUAGAGGACAAGCUAUCACUUACCACUGAGCAGAGGAACAAGGUCCUCCAAACCUGGAAUAGCGUGGAGGAGCAUGACAAGCAGCCACAAAAGUUUAACCAGCUGUACAAGACCUACUGGGGCAACACCCUCUACUGCCGCACUAAAAGGGAUGACCUUGUUGAUGCUGCUCUUAUACAGAGAGUAAAGAUGGCGAAGCGCUAUGCACCUGCACAACAUGACAUCAGCGCUCAGAGCAACAGGCUAAUGUACACUCUGGUUAAACUUUUGUGGUUGCGCUCACCUCAGGGGUCUCGCAACAGUCCAGAGAAUCUGUCUAUUUUAAAGGCCUACGAGCGAAUACAGCACCGGAUUCUGGUGGAAGAUGCGGUUCUCUGUAAAGCAGGCAUUCCUCUCCCUAAAAUUAACAUCAAGACUGUGCGGGACUUCAUUUGUCAGCAAGAAAGGAUCCUCAAUCUGCAUGCAACAAAACAUCCAUCGAUUUUGACCAAGAUCACCUCCAUCUCAUCUGCACACCUACCUCCAGCACCACACCAACCAGCAGUACUCCCUCCUCCAGACUACCCCCUGUUGAAAUAUGAGCCCACGCCCAGCACUGCAGGGACCAAGGUUUUGAAGGGAAGGAGAGACUUGCUGAUGCCAGUCUCCCAGCCUCAGCCACCUCUUCCACCUGUGCCACUACCACCAGCACUUGGAAAGACCCCCGCAACCUCUACCAUCACCAGACCUGUGUCUUCAGUGGCUGCUUCUACAUCCACCUCUGAGACUGUUUGGCCCCCCAUACUGCAAAAAAAACCCUGCAGCGAGACUAUCCCUGGCAAUAGUGGCCCUCCUACAUCACUCUCUUCCACAUUGGUCAUAACACCCACCAUUAACACACUAGACACUGCAGGUAGACCUUCAGUCUGGGCAAAGGCAACACAGUAUAAGCGUAAGCUUAAGGAUCACCCCUCAGAAGUAGGAGCCAAAGUGUCACAGGUGCAAAACCUUCCCAUUUGCAGAAUCUGCACCAGCCAACCCAAGGACAAAAAGAUUAUUAAAAAAACCCUUUCUGCUCUGUAAAAAUGAUGUCCCCAUCAAUAGGUCUGAAAAAUAUAGUUUUUAGCAGCUACGAGCACUUUACCUCCAUGGUUGACCAGCUUGGGGAGGUUUAAAAGGGUUUUCCAUUGCAGAGCAGGACCUGGUGUGGUACCCCAUAUGGGUUUGCCGGACAAUUGACUUUUAGAAUGAUCAAGACAUUCAACUUUUAUCUUUUUGUACUCUUUUAAAAUAUCACUGAUUCCAGUUGUUGUUAUUUUUUUCCCGUAGUCUUUUACAAUACAAUGAUCAAGCCAUUACACUUUUAUCUUUUGGUACACAAUUGAUCUUUUAAAAAACCUUACAUUAGAGUCAGAAUCAAGUUCACUGAUUGAUUGCAGUGUUGUCUUUGUGUUUC